GAGACACAGUUGAUGAAGAUUUGGCCAAGAAAAUAGAGGUGGGCAACCAUGCCAUAGCCGCAUUGGACCGUUUAGCUACCAGUGCCAAGCUGGCAGUGAGUGCCAAUGCUGCACUGUACCCCAACGCACCACCGCUGAGCAGUGUAGGAAGAUUUGCCGGGGCCUCUCCCGCUGCCUCGUCGAAGAAGGCAGCUCCACCGGCGGCACCAAGACGCCUUCCCCGUGGCCGCUUCCCUGGGAGCAAAAGACCGGCGGCAAGCACAGCCAACGACUACGGCACUGUUAA